AUGGACAAAGAUUGCGACAUGGUAUAUAAAAAUAUUUCUGACAUAUAUAAAUCUGAAGAAUUUAAGACCUACGACAACUUUGUUUCAUUAGUUGCAAAAUGUGUUUGGGAAAUAAGAGAUAAAGAUAGAAGAGGCAAAGUAUGGAACGAACAAAUAAGACCCGCUAUGUUUGAGAUGAAGAGAGCAAUUGACGCUUUAGUUGUUCUAGCAGGUCAAAUUUCAAUGUAUAAUGCAAAAAUGAACCCACAAUGUUCAAAAUGUAAAGCAGCAAUAAGGAAAUAUAACUACUCCGUCAAAGAGAUAGAAAGAAUGCGAAACGACUAUGCAGACUUAAAGAAAGAAGCAGAAAAGCCAGCAGAAGAUAAAAUGGACAUGUUAGCAUUUCUGAACAAAAACUAUCCAACAGUAGAAGAUUUCCUUCUAUCUGACGUCAAGAAGAAAUAUAAAGAGACUUUCGGCAUUGUUAAAACUUUUGAUAUCCUCAGCGAAGAAAUAGAAGCUACAAAACUGUUUAGGAUUUCAAAUAUACAUCGUACAAUUCAUGUAAAACGCUUGUGA